UGUCCCCAGAACUGCUCUGCACCCCCAGACUGCGUGGGCUGGGGGUCCCAGAGGGCCAUGCCCUCCCUCCCUCUGCGGGGCGGUGCGGGGCCGGUCCCCCGCCCUGACAAGGCUCCGUUCCCAUUCCAGACGUUCAUUCCCGGCCAUGGAGCUCAGGCAGGCGGACGUGUCCAUCCCACUGCAGUCCUCCGGAUGGGGGGCGGCCGCCCCCGGCCGCCGGUCCGACCCGCAGCCCCGGGACUACGUGCUCUGGUCGGUGUUCAAUGUGCUGCUGUGGUGCGCGCUGGGCGGGCUGGGCUGCUUCGGCUUCCCCCCGCUCGUCUUCUCCAUCAAGGCCCGUGACUGUAAGUCGGUGGGGGACCUGGAGGGUGCCCGGCGUCACGGCGACCGCGCCAAGGUCGCCAACAUCAUCUGCUCCAUGGUGGUCGGCGUCACCUUGGUGAUCUUCAUCGUCAUCGUGGCCAUCUUCUUCUCCAAAGUCAGGGCCAUCUGAGCACCGCCUGGCCCCACCCGCGUGGUCCUCCCCUCGCUCCUCCUGCCUCCAAAAUGCACCCAUCCGGGGCGCGGGAGCGAAGGGAGCGACCCCGGUCCCCUCGCUGCCAGCAUCGCCGGUGUCCCCGCACGGACGGGGCGGUCAGGCCGGGGCGCGGGGGACGGCCCCAUGCCCGCCCUUUGCUCUGCUCACGCACUUCGUGGCGCCUGUGACACACCUGUCGGUCACCACUGCCACCGAUAAAGUUUGUCCCGCCAAAUCCCCUCGUUGUCACCUCAUUGACCGCGGGACGUCGCGGAGAGUCCUCGGGCAUCUUUGUACUUUCUCCUCCUCCUCCUCCUCCUCUUGUUCUUCCCGCUACCUCUAUCCUGCCGCGAAGCUUCCAGCUCAAAGCCCAGGGAAGUUUCUUCCCAACAUCUUGUAUGUUAUAGAUAUAUAUUAUAAUAUUAGCUUUUCGCAAAUAUUAAAAUUAAUUUUAUAAAUGUAAUGUUAAAGUAACUUUGUUAUAAAGAUAUAGCUUUUAAUUUUGUUGUUAAUUAAGCUUAGACACAGUAGUAAAAUAGCUAAUAUGAGUGUCCUUGCGUUAAAAUGCCUGCUUAGAUAACACCUAAUAAACAUAUAAAAAACCAA